AUGGAUUCUGGGCCCCCCUGGGCUGCUAACCCCACUCCCACCCCCGGGGGCACCUUCUCCGCCCCCAAUGCCACCACACCCUGGAUGGGCCGGGAUGAGGAGCUGGCCAAGGUGGAGAUCGGCGUCCUGGCUGCCGUCCUGGCGCUGGCGACAGGCGGCAAUCUGACUGUGCUGCUGACCCUGGGGCAGCCAGGCCGCAAGCGCACCCGCGUGCACCUGUUUGUUCUGCACCUCGCCCUGACCGACCUGGGGGUGGCGCUGUUUCAGGUGCUGCCCCAGCUGCUGUGGGACAUCACCUACCGCUUCCAGGGCCCUGACCUCCUCUGCCGGGCCGUCAAGUAUCUGCAGGUGCUCAGCAUGUUCGCCUCCACCUACAUGCUGCUGGCCAUGACGCUGGACCGCUACCUGGCUGUCUGUCACCCCCUGCGCAGCCUCCAGCAGCCCGGCCAGUCCACGUACCCUCUCAUCGCUGCUCCCUGGCUGCUGGCUGCCAUCCUCAGCCUGCCUCAAGUCUUCAUCUUUUCUUUGCGGGAGGUGAUCCAGGGCACGGGGGUGCUGGACUGCUGGGCAGACUUCCGCUUCCCUUGGGGGCCUCGGGUUUAUAUCACCUGGACCACCCUGGCCAUCUUUGUCCUGCCUGUGGCCGUGCUCACAGCCUGCUACAGCCUCAUCUACCACGAGAUCUGUAAGAACCUAAAAGUCAAGACGCAGGCCCGCAAGGUGGAAGGAAGGGGCUGGAGGACUUGGGACGGGACGUCGCCUUCUGUCCCCGCUGCAGCCACACGGGGCCUGCCAUCCCGGGUCAGCAGCACCAGUACCAUCUCGAGGGCUAAGAUCCGAACCGUGAAGAUGACUUUCGUCAUCGUGCUGGCCUACAUCGCCUGCUGGGCACCCUUCUUCAGCGUCCAGAUGUGGUCUGUGUGGGACAAAGAUGCCCCCGACGAAGAUUCAACCAACGUGGCUUUCACCAUCUCCAUGCUUUUGGGCAACCUCAGCAGCUGCUGCAACCCCUGGGUCUCCAUGGGUUUCAACAGCCACCUGCGGCCACAGCUGCUGCGCCGCCUGGGCUGCUGCGGGGGUCCCCAGCCACGCCGGCAGCUGUCCAGCCUCAGUCUCCCCAGCCGCCACACCACGCUGCUGACCUGCUCCAGCGGCCUGCCCACCCUCCCCCUCAGCCCCAGGCUCAGCGGGGGCCCUGAGACUGAAGGCUCACUGAAGGACUCCGAACAGGUGGACAGGGAAGCCCACACAGAGACUGGUGUCUUUUAG